UGUGUUCUUCGGCGAAUCUAUUUUUUCAAUAUCAGUAUAUAGUUAUAGCUUACAUCAGUUUGUAACUUCAUUGAGUGAUUUUUCAUCAGGUUUCAUUUAACAUUUACAUUUCAGUCAAAGGUGAUUGUAGAAACAUCUCUAAAAUGGGGAAAUAGUUUUAAAGAUGGAUAGCUGAAUUGUAGCCUGAUCAUUGCCUACUGUGAUGCAGUGAUCCACUUGUUUGUUGUGCUGCAAUGUAAUUCUUUUCAAAUUUAUUAAGAAGUUCAAUUGGUCUUAUGGCAAACUGAAUAGACAUUACAUUGUAGUCAUAUCUUCUUUGUGUAGAAUAGAUGGUAACUAAAUCAAUUUUAGGUCAGAAAAUUUAAAAAGGAAAUAUUACGUAUUUAAGAGUUGUUUUUCAUUGCAACAUCAAUUCUUCAUAUUUUUAAUUAAUUUUAAUUAUUUAACAUAUCAGAUUGUUAUUCUGACAUAUUCUGACAAAUCUUGAUUCAGCACUUUACAAAUUGUCCACUAGAAGGGAAGUUUGUCUUUUGUUAUUAUAAAUAGGGGAUGUACACACUGACAUUGUGUGUAUAGACCAAAAUGUAGCUCCACCUUUAGUUUAGGUGUUUAGGGUAUGGAUCUUAUUAUAUAUACAGGUAGUGUCAUGUAAGAAUUAGACAUCUUUGAAAACAAAGGCUGUAGAAUCUGGUAACUGAUUAACUUGCUGAAGCUAAGUAGUAUAUUGGCUGAGCUGAACAGAAAGGAAUGAAGACAGGUUUUGUCAUGUCUGUUAAGGACAAAAUAACUUUUGUUUAACAUAAAUGUGACUUUUGUAUUCCUCUUUCAACUGGAUUUAAAACAAAAAGAAAUAUACUUUGGUACUUUCUCUUCCUAAGGGAAGUUGUAAUAUGAAUUUUAGAAGAAACAAUUAAGAAUCUUUCUAAUUACAAGGAGUUCAAUUGUCUGGAUAAAAAUACUCUCUAACUGUAAUGUGAACCUGAAGAUAGCCAAACAUCAAGAAUUCAGAAAAAAAUUGAAAAACUGAUAAACAGAUAAAAUGAGUGUUUCUGGAGGGAAUUGUGGAAGUCCCAACUCUACAGAACCUGCAGCUGACUGUUUCAAGGAACUGUGGUCCAAACUGAAAGAAUGUCAUGAUAAAGAUGUCAAAGGAUUAUUGUCAAAGAUCUCUAAACUGAAAGCAGAAAGGUGUCUGGAUGCAGCAAGACUUGAUGAGUUCUAUACAAAAAACCAGCAGCUUAGAGAACAACAAAAAUCAUUGCAUGAUACAAUUACAGUUUUGGAAGAUAGGUUAAGGGCAGGAUUAUGUGAUCGGUGUGCAGUAACUGAAGAGCAUAUGAAGAAGAAACAACAGGAAUUUGAAAAUAUCCGGCAACAGAACCUUAAGUUAAUCACUGAACUGAUAAAUGAAAGAAACAACUUGCAGGACGAAAAUAAAAAGAUUUCAGAAAAGCUUCAGAAAAUGCAGCAAAAAAUUGAGGAGCAAGAGCAAUAUAUGGAAGAUGUUAUUCCAGAUUCACCAGUUCAGUCACUGUCAUUUUCAAUGGUUAAUCGAAUGCGUCGAAAACGAGAAAAAAGGCAUGUCCGGUACACAGAACAAAAGUGCACAGAUUUGGAAAAGAAAGGAAGAAUCUAUGAACUUGGAAAUAAUCCAUUGUCUUCCACUCAAAAGACUGUUUGGUCUGAAGAAGAAAUAUUGGUGGCAGAUACAUGUGAUCCACAGUUGUCCCAAGAUUCAAGCAAAGUAGUGAAAGAAGAAUGUCCCAAUUCAGUGCAUUUUAAUUUGAAAGCAAUUGUUGCAGAAACACUUGAAUGUGAUGAACAUGAGCCUCACAGCAAACCACUUGGACUUACAAGAAGACAAUUGGCUCAAGGGUGUUGUAAAAGUAAUACUGACAAUUUAGAAUUUUCUGACACAUCUGAGGAUCCUUCUCCACCUACGUGGGAUUCCAAGAUACCUUCUCCUGUUUUCGGGGCAUCUGCCAAUAUUAAAAAUAGCUUAGUUUUUUCCCCAUCUGUUUUAGCAGCCGAGAAAAAAUCAAAUCUGAAAAACAGCUCCAUCAACAGUUCUUCCCUUUCAAGAUCUGAGAAAGUGAGAUCAAAAUCUGAAGACAUUCCUUUUAUGAGCCUUGGGACUGAAAUAGCAACAGUUCUCAAUCAAGCCCCAAUUGGUAGGCAAGUGGCUUUGAAACAGAAUUCAGAGGAACCCAUAACAUGUGUGACCAAUACACAUCUGGAUAAAAGUGACAUCAUCAAAGGUGGCUUCCUUCUUGCAUCACAGAAACUGUUAGGGAACAGAUGUUCUAAAAGGAAAAAAAAUGAUGACAAGAGCAACCAUGUAAUCCGCUGUGAAAAGGAAAAUGCUUUUCCGUCCCAUGCAGAUGUUUUUCCUAUUGCCAGAGAUAACACAACGGAUAAACCUUUGGAUCUGUCCGAUCGCUUCUCUGAUUUUCCCUGUGAAAAAAUAAUUGCUGACAGUUCUAAGAUAAAAAUGAGGCAGGCAUCUCUCCAUGAUGUUUUUCAACCUCUAGUGAAAGAGUCUUCAUCUAAAAUCACCAAUAGUAAUUCUGUAAUGAAUAAAGAUUCACAAGAGAAUCUCUGCAUACAAGAAACAAUCCUAAAAUCUCUUACCAAAAUGUCCCCAGUGAAAGACCAUGAAGUAAAAGAGGAAAUGGCUAAUUUUUCUAAUACAUCUUUGCAAAAUGAUGACAGUAUAAAAGAGGUUGCUGGUGAUCAAGAACGCAAGAGAAUAAGAUCGGGACAUGGAACGGGUGAGCCAGCAUCGGUACUUCAGCCAAAUCCUUGCAGGGUGACAAAAAUCACACAAUUUGAGCAAGAUAAAACAUCUUUGGAAAAUGUGCAGUGGAGUAUAGAUCCAGGAGCUGACCUUUCUCAAUACAAAAUGGAUGUUACUCUGAUUGACACAAAAGAAGGAAUUCAAACAAAAAUUGGAUCAGAAACCCAGGACAUGGAUCAUACAUAUAUCAGUGAUAGUAUUCUAUUAAGAAUGAAAAAACAAAGACAGAAAGAAGUAAGCAAUCCAGAGGGAGAAAAAAGAGAAAAGGACACCUUAACAGAAAUAUUUGAUCAGACAACUCAUGAAGAAUAUAAAUCCUAUUUAGAAGAUGACUAUCUUCCAGAAUGUGACCAUAAGGAUUCUUCUGAGGAAGAAGGAAAAGAAAAAAGCACCAUACAAAGGGAAAGAGACAAGCAAAAUAAAACGAAGCAGAAGGCUUUUGUGGAAACAUGUGGUUUUAAAAGUGGUGAAAGGUAUUUAUGGAAUCAAGUUUCCUCAGAAUAUAAAUAUUAGUUACAUUUUUCCCACCGAUGACAA